AUGGCCGAAGAAUCACCCAAGUCCGUGUCGUCGGACGUCCACGAUGCGGCCUCUGACCCACCGGUGAAGCGAGUGUGGUACCACAGCACCUUGUUCAAUGCCUUCGUGAUCGGAGGAGUUGGCUUCAUGGCCCCUGGCCUGUGGAAUGCGAUGAACGCCCUCGGCGCAGGUGGUGCCCAAGAACCGUUCCUCGUCAAUGCCGCCAAUGCGCUUGUCUUCGGACUCAUGGCCUUCCUGUGCUUAUUCGGUGGGCCCAUCGCGAACCGCAUUGGGCUCUCAAGAACGCUGUUGCUUGGAGCUGUUGGCUACCCACUUUACUCCGCUGGACUGUACACCAACAACCGUUACGGCAACGUCUGGCUCGUUCUUGUUGGAGCUGCCGCCUGCGGUAUUUCUGCCGGCUUGUUCUGGGCCUCCGAGGGCGCUGUUGCUCUUGGAUACCCAGAGCCGUCUAAGCGUGGCAAGUACAUGAACAUCUGGCUCUGGUUCAGAACCGGUGGUCCUCUUGUCGGUGGAGCCAUCGUUCUGGCCCUCAACAACGAUGCGGCUGCGAAGAAGAAGGGCAAGGUUGGAUAUCAGACCUACCUGGUCUUCGUUGCUCUACAAUGUCUCAGCGUGCCCCUUGCACUCGCUCUAUCUCCCCCGGAGAAGGUCCAAAGAUCCGACGGUAGCAAAGUUAUUAUCAAAGCCGAGAAGUCGUUCAAGGCCGAGUUCAGAGAGCUGCUCCGCGUGUCGAAGCGCAAGGACAUCCUGCUGCUUCUCCCCAUCUUUUGGGCUGCCUACUUCAACCAGUACAGCGGAAACUUCCAAGCCUACUAUUUCGGCAUCCGAGCUCGCGCACUCAUCGGUUUCGUCAGCAACUUCGGCACGCUUCUCUCAUCGCAGCUGAUUAGCACUCUCCUCGACUACAAGAAAUUCAGUGUAAAGAAGCGCAUCACUAUUGGCUUCUACUACGUCAUUGUAUGGCACGUCAUUGCGUGGGUUUACGGCUGGGUCAUUCAAGAGAAGUACACUCGCAACCCACCUGCGUACGAUUGGGAAGAUAAGGGAUUCACUGAGGGUUUCUUUGUGCUCUUGUUGUGGGAUUUCGCCCGUCAAGCACUGCAGAGCUGGCUUUACUACCUUCUCGCUACCAAGACGGACAACAUCUCGGAGCUCACUCGUUUCUCGGGUAUUCUUAGAGGCCAGGAAAGCUUUUCCCAGGCUGUCUCGUUUGGCUUGAACACACAGAAGUGGAAGGGAGGUCGAGUACCACUUGCUGUCAACACUAUACUCCUGGGUUUGGCCGUUUAUCCUACGUGGCUGGUGGUCAGAGACCACGUCCCAGUCGAAGAGACCGACAGACUUGCAGCUGUAGAGGAACAGUCACAAACUAGUGAACUAGCCGAGACGAGGUUGUCAGUGGAUGAGAGAAAGGAAUUUGCUGUGGGGCAGACGGGUAUUGGGAGAGAUGCGAAGAUGUGA